AUGUACACCUAUAAGGUGUAUAACUUGGAAGUGAAGUUGGACACUCGGGCGACACAGUUACGUAUCUUACACUUUACCAAUUGGUCAAAACGAGGAAAGCCUAUGAAUCCCAUUCAUCUCACAUCAUUUCUCCAAUGUCUUCAAACAAUUCCACAUUCUUCUAAGCAUCCUAUUCUGGUGCAUGACGCCGGCGGAUAUGCAAAUUGUGCAAGCGUAAUAGUUCUGGUGGAUAUCUGUUUGAGGGAGGCUGAGCGUGAUGGUCAAGUGGACAUUUUUCAUCAAUUACAAUUGCUUCACUCUCAACGAUCAAACAUAAUGGACAAUGUUGAAGAUUACUUGUUGGUGCACCUUAUUCUAGUCAAGUAUCUUGCCACCCCUCAAUAUGUAUAUCCUUGCAACGUAUUCAAUUCUAUUCUCACCGGCAUCGACGACGCCACUGUAACACAACAGAUGAAGAUGAUAUCAGAUUCAUUGUGGCAGGAGAGUGUGCUACGACCUGAAGGAUCUGUCCUGUAUUACAACAAAAGGGACAAGAAUCGAGAUCAGGAUAUAAUUCCACAUCCGUCAUGUUGUGUAUUUCUGCGUCCUCUUUAUGAGAAAGAAUCGUGUUACAUCAAUGCGAUUUUUGUUGAUGGUUACCAACAGUCGAAACAAUUUAUUGUCACCCAACAUCCUCUUACCAACACCGUCGAUGAUUUUUGGCGAAUGGUAGUUGAUAAUAAUGUGAAGCUGGUUAUAUCUCUACAACCUGAAUAUGAUGUAGAAUUCUGGAACAAUGGAGGCGACUUCCUAACACCAAAUGGGACUUCCAUUGAACAUCUAGAAAUUGCGGAAUUACCCGAUUUCCACAUGCAUACUUUAUUUGUAAAACCCAAUGGAACACCAAUUAAGAAAAUAGAAAUAAACUUAAUAGAAGUUGUGGGAUGGAAAGUAGAACAUGCAGUGCCGAUUGAUUUGCGCGUUUUGAUGUCAACUCGCCUUCAGAUGAAUAGAACAAAAUGUAAAGAAUUCAAUAGUAUUGUAGUGAUGUGCAGAAAUGGUGCAUCCGCAUGUGGUUUGUAUAUUGCUGCAUGUAAUCUCUUGGAUAGCAUGGAGUCAGAACAAGUUGUCGAUGUGUGUACGAGCGUGCGCAAUAUACGCAAUUAUCGAUCUCAAUUUGUUACUGAUCAGGCUCAGUUUCAUGCUCUGUAUAAACUGGCAUCAUUGUUCCUUGAUGAUUUUCGAAAAUACUCUAAUUUUGAGGCAGUUAUUACAACAACCAAGAGGACUAAAAUAUGACUAAAUGUUAAGCACAAUAAUCAAGGUCUAGAUGUUUAUAUUACAAAAAAUAUAAUGUAAUAUGUGUGUAAUAUUGUGUAUUUACAGUUAUACAACAAUACAGUUUAUUUUGAGUUUUUAUAUGUUGUAAGACAUUGUCAAAAUCAGUUGCAAAUUUGCGUUUAUAUUAAAUAUUAUAAAAUGGAAAUAA